GCUAUCAUUAUAGAUGCCAAGGAUCAUCUCCUUGGUAGACUGGCAUCAAUAGUAGCCAAAACCUUGUUGCAGGGCCAGAAGAUCGUGGUUGUUCGAUGCGAAGGCAUUAAUAUAUCCGGCUCUUUUUACCGCAAUAAGAUGAAGUACCUCGACUUUCUUAGGAAGCGUAUGAGUACCAAUCCCUCCCGCGGCCCAUAUCACUUCAGGGCACCAGCCAAAAUAUUCUGGCGCACGGUUCGAGGAAUGCUUCCACACAAGUUGCAGCGGGGAAAGGAUGCCUUAGAUAGAUUGAAAGUAUUUGAGGGUAUUCCUCCACCAUACGAUAAGAAGAAACGCAUGGUUGUUCCCUCAGCAAUGCGUGUGAUGCGCCUAAAACAGAGACGAAAGUUCUGUGUUCUGUCGCGUCUGUCACAUGAAGUUGGGUGGAAGUACAAGAAUGUUAUCGAAAAGAUGGAAAACAGACGAAAGGCUAAGGCUGCUGUUUGGUACAAGAAACAGAAGCAAUCUACAAAGCCCAUUGAAGCUGCUCGGGGGCGCGCCAGGGAGGCGAUUGCUCCAUACCAAGCUAUCUUGAAACAAUAUGGCUACAGUUGA